AUGGAACCCGAGAAAAAUAAUAGCGAUUGGCAAAUGCCUUUCGGCAGGCCCACCAAACAGAGCGUGUCAACUUUUCACCAGGCAGAGCCAGAAGGGAGCCAGUGUCAGAUAGGGAUGAAAUACAAUUAUUCCAGUCUGUUCAAGCCCGGUUCUUCAGGGAGAACCCAAAUAGCUGACUGGAUACGGGACAAGAUGUUCGAGAAUGAUACAUAUGCCUGGGGAAAAGGAUUUUCUCCGUCCGUCUCUACCGGAUUAAAGACGUCCGACGAUAACCAAUACCUAGAUUGGGGAGAUCUCGUCCAUAACGUUUUAAAUCGAAUAGACGCACAAGUAGUAUCCGAAAGGGAUGGCCGGGCCAAGUUGCUAACGUGGACCAAGGAAGACUGGCAAGAUGCCUUAAAUCUGGAGCAAGAGAAGUGCGUGCAUCUGAAUCAAUUCGACUCCGGUAAAAGAGUGUUAUUCGUGGUAAUGUGUAUAAUGACCGGAUUGAUAGAGGGGAAGAACGAGCAGGACACCAAAUUUAGAAAGAGAGGAAGGAUGUGUGAUAUAAUAGAUACAAAUCUAGAAUUCACCGAGGAUCAGUGGGAAGAAUGGAUAAAGCCUACUUCUGACAUGAGGAAGAGUCCUCUUGAGGCAUGUUCUAAACAGAAAGGAUACCAUGGAUGUCAGGAGGCAGCAAUGGCUUUGAUUUUAAGUAUCUAUGGAGGUAUGAAAGAAGUUUACCAGGAGUAUGGGCCUUAUCACCUCACAUAUUGGAUGAAAAAAGGGAAAAGUCCCGGGCACAAGACUAACGUGAAAAUGUGUUCGAUGAAGGAAGAUAAGAUGGAGUGUUUGGACUUUGUAGCAUCAGAUUCCCAAGCAGGAAAGAUACAAAUAGGAGGGGACGAGUUAGAGGAAGUAUUUAGGACCAAGUCCUUUGAGUUAAGGGAACAGCUGGAAACAGUAGAAGAAACCGGUGAAGAUGAAAGGGAUCAUAAAGAAGUCGAUAUAUCUGAAUUCCCCGGGCGGGUUAGAAGUGCCGAGGGUCUAAACACAGAACAAAGUGACAGUGAGAGAUAUCAAGAAUCAUACGAAGAAGUCCUAAUCAGGAAAGAUGCAACCCUCGAAGCUUCGCGAAGACAAGUACAGGACAACGAAACAUUAGACAAGGCAAAAGACUCUAAGGAAUCCUUAAGCUCAUUUACAGAAGGGGAGGAUACUAUACGCAUGGAUUCGUCAGGGCCGGCUAACGAACACCCGACGCCCCCACAGGAAGACGAGAGGUUCAAACAGGAAGAAGCAGGGAGGGACGAAGACAAGAGUCUGUUUCUUUUGGCUGGUCUGGAGGGGUGGAAGUUGAUAGCGGGGCUGGCAGGAGUAGUUUGCAUGGCCUUCGCAGGUGGUUAUGGGAUGUGGAGAGUAUUUAAUAGGGGGGGGCGAAGGAGCAGUAGCAGACCCCGGGGGCGUGAGAUAUCGUUGUAUCAAGUAGGGUAUGGGGCCCCCAGUUGCUAG